CUUGGGCGGGAUUACAAACCGCGCCGACCGGGUGAUCCGGUUCUCCCGGUCAAACUGCUCAGCAAACGGUCAUUCACAACCGCCGAUCGGACGCUCCGUUUCCCCCGCUCUUUGCGCUGUAUCAUGGAUGCCACAGUAUCUCCAAUCAAGAGGAGGGCAUGCGUGGCUUGUACAGCUGCCAAAGCGAAAUGCACACCGCAUGCUGUCAGCCUGUGCCAGCGGUGCGCUCGUUUGGGCAAGUCAUGUACAUAUCUUGACCUUCCACAGACGAAGCGGAAGCACAAGGCUGCACCGAGCCGUAUGGAGAUGCUAGAGAAGAAGGUCGACCAGCUAACGUCGCAGCUGACUGCUUUGACCCGACAGAAUGGACAGUCGUCGCCCGGUACUUCUAAGGCAUCUAAUCUGCCCACCAACGAAUCGUCCUCAUCCCGUGAUCCCGACCCGGCUUCCACAGAUAUUGUCGCGUUACUAGAUGCUGCUCAAGACCCAUCUCACGGGCCCGACCCGCCGACCACCUCUGUCCUGGAGGGCCAGCCGUCCAUCGUAGAUCAAGGGCUUUUGAGCGAAGCCGAGGCUGAGCUAUUGAUCAAGACCUUCCAGCUUGAGUUCGUGCCCAAGUUUCCGUUUGUAUUGCUUACACACGGCGAGACAGCUGCUCGCCUCAGGAACCGGGAACCUUUUCUCUUUUUGUGCAUCGUGGCCGCGACCAUGGGCAGUGCGCAUCCUCUGCGCAAAGUUGUCGCCGAGGAAAUUAUGAAGCACGUUACGCUGAGGAUUGUGGCACGAUCCGAGAGGAAACUUGAGUUGCUCCGUGGUCUUUUGGUUCACAGCGCAUGGUACUCAUAUCCUGGGGAGAGAUAUCACCCGCGACUUUUGUUGCUGAUUCAGCUUUGUGGUUCCAUUUUAUAUGAUUUGAGCUUGCACAAAAAGACUCGUCUAAAUUCGGACGAACAGCGGGCACUGCUCGGUACAUAUUGGCUGUCGGCUGGUCUUUGUGGCACACUUGGCCGACCGAUCACAAUGAAGCAUGAUGGCCGGACCGAUGAGUGUCUUAAGGGUAUAGCAACUACCGAACAUCUAUCAGAUCGAUGGAUUGCGCCGUUUAUCCACCUGCAGUCUUUCUUGGCAACUAUCGAUGAAGUUUACGCUUCGAUACAAGCAAGUGGUGGACAGUCGCUCGUCAAGAUUGCACGCGGAACUCUGCAGCGACAAUUUGAUAGCGUGAGGGCAUGCGUAGAAAGUGAUAUCUCAGAUUUCCCGUCGUCAACAGAGAAUGCAAUACGCACUGAAAUCAAAUAUGCGGAAGUACGACUCGAGGAAUUAUCUCUUCGGGAGGAACUAUGGAUGGGACAUCGUGCCGACGCAGCCCGGACAACCAUGCUGAUGGGUAUGAUCCAGCGAAGCAAGGAGCUUAUUCACAUGAUCAGACAUCUAUCAGUGUCGGAGAUUGCCCAGAUUACAAUACCUACAAGUGCUCAUCUAUGUGCCGCAGUGGGCUACAUUCCCACCGCAGUAUUGACCCUUCUCAAUCUCAUUACUGGCCAAGCGGACUCGGCCAUGGAAGUCCAAGUGCAGGCCGUUAUUGAUGCAGCAGAUUAUUCUAAUAUUGUCACAGAGCUUGCCAACUCGCUGGAGACGAAAUUUGAGGGAAUGUCUGCUGCAGAAAAGGAGACGGACAUUGUGGGGAGUCUUUGCUCUAAAAUGCGGCUGCUAGCACAUUCUUAUCCAUAUCAAAUUAGGGCUAUUGUUGGAACUGCACCGCGUCAAAACGCAAGACAGGAUAUGUCCAUGAUGGCAGUCAAUGGCAACGAGGUUGCUAUGACACCCCAAGCCUGGCCGUCUAUCUCUGGCGACCUGGGCGAUAUGUUCCCUGUCGAUGACACCCAGUGGGAGUCUCUGUUGAGUGAUUUUACUGGUUUUAGCUAG